AUGAAUAACGAUAAUGAAAAUGUACCAUUAUUACGAGAUGAGCGAGAUGAUCAAGUUGGCUCGACAAGUUCAUCAAAUGUCUAUGAUGGAUCAAAUGUUAAUCCUUCUGAUAGGCAACAAAGGAAAAUAUUCCGGAGACCAAAGAGUUAUUCAUUUACUGAUAAUGAUAAGAGUUUAAAAAAACGAAUAGGUCAUCAAAAUUAUUCGUCCAUACCUUCUGGUUCGGCGGUUGUUACCGAACAUGAUGAAGUUUGGGUGAAAAAUCAAAAGGAAUUCAUAUCAAGGUCUGGUAAAAAGGCUAGCAUGAGAAAAAGGAUAGCGUUUCUAUGUGACACUUCGAGAAUUGGAAGGAUUUGGGAACUUUUCGAUUCCAUAUUGUCCGCGAUGUUUGUUCUCUUGUAUAUCUGGGUUGAUGAUAGCGAAGAGGCGUUUCCCUACUUUCUUCAGACAGCUGAUUUUGUUCUCGCUACCAUCAUAUUUGUCCAAUACGUUCCACGUGUUUGGUUAGACAAAGAGCCUUUAACUUUUAUUUUUGCAAACUCCUUUUCAAUUUUAACAUGGUUUUCGGUAUCCCCGGUCAUUGCGGCAUUUUUCUUAACUAUCUUUGAUGAUGUCAUGGAUAAUACAUAUAUGGGUGCCGGAAAUUUGGAAUUAAAAAUGAAACUUGAGCAAACUGAAGCUUUCUUUAACUUUGCUUUCAAGAUUUAUAUAUAUCCUGUUCGUUUUAUAAGACUCCAUUGGGCAGUGCAAAUGGUUUUCGCGCCUGUAAAGAGCUCACUUUUUCAAUGCUCAAAGAUUAUGAGGAAAGGAUUGAGACUUGUUACAACAAUUUUGUUUACUUUUCUCACGCUUACUGCUUUAAUUCACUUGGUUACCUUUAAGCAAUCUGACAAGCAAGAUCCUGACCAUCCUGAUAUAGAAAGUAUUUCUUUUAGUGACGCGUUUUACUUUACCGUUCUCAGCAGUACAAAUGGAAUGUCAACGGACUUAGUCCCAGAUAGUACUUUUACACGUGCUGUUAUCUUAUAUGUCAUGUUUGCAGGAGCCUUAUUCAUCCCAACAGCUUUAUCCGAGCUUCUUACUUUGAUACAAGAAAAAUCUAAAUAUGAUCAUUCGUAUAAAGGCGAAAAAUAUAACGAGCAUAUUAUCGUUACUGGUGAUUUCGACGCAACAAGCUUGUUUGAAUUUUUACGAGAAUUCUUUUGUCUAGAUCAUGGUUUGGCUACUAUGAAUACAUAUGUUGUUAUCAUGCAUCCGGAUGAGCCAGAUGAGGAGAUUGUCGAAUUUCUUGAAGAUCCGGCAUUUAUAAGUAGAGUUCAAUAUAUUAAAGGAACACCUACUUGGCGUCGUAGCCUUGAAAAAAUUCGUGCUGAUACUGCAAGUGCAGCUUUCCUUUUAACUAAAAAAUUUUCUGAUGAAACUGAUGAGAUGGAUGCUUCUCAAAUAAUGAGAGCCUUGGCGAUUAAAAAAUACAAUCGAAAAUUAGCCCUAUAUGCUCAAGUUCAUUUACCGGAAAAUGUUCCACACUUUGAUUUCUUGGCGAAAGAUGUAAUUUGUAUCGAUGAAAUUACAAUGGGAUUAAUGGCUCAAAGCUUAGCCACGCCGGGAUUUGCCUCACUCAUCGUAUUACUUACAACAUCAAUCACUGACAAAACUGUUCGUUUAGGUUGGGUAAAAGAAUACAUCCACGGUUUAAAGCAUGAAAUUUACGCCGUCACCUUUUCUGAUGCCUUUGUUGGAUAUACAUUUUUGGAAUGUUCUGAACUCAUUUAUUCGCGACUCGGUGCAGUAUUAUUUUCCAUUGGGGUAUAUAAACUGACAAAGGGUUGCUUCACAGACGCUCAACUUGGAAGUAAUACAUCCCCAUUCCAAAUAUUCUUGAAUCCACAGGAUUAUAUGAUUAAGGGGAAUGAAAUUGGAUUUGUAAUUAGUGAUUGUGCUGAAAUAACGGCUAAAAUGGCAAAGUUUAAUGAACGAGCAAGACAUUGGUACGACCCAUAUAAAAGUGUAUCAUUUCUCGCGAAAUCUGCACAUAAUAUAUUAGGUAUAGAUAGUAAUCGUUCAGCCAAUGUAGAUGCCUCGAAGUUCAAACUAGAUGCUAAUAAGAAUAUAGAAAACGAUGAAUAUUCAACAUUAAAGUCACCAAGACGCAAAGUUCCUAUAUCUCUGCGUCGUACAAAUUCUUUCACAAAGGUUGAGGUCGAUGGUGUUGAGAGUGUUGCUGAAGAGCAUGAAACUACAAUCACUCCACUUAUUCCGUUGUCUAAUUCAAAGUCAAAUGCUGAAAUUUUACGCCAAAAUAUAGAGAGAGUAGCAGCAAUUUGUAUGGAUUCUGAAGAACCCAUUUUUAAAAGUAUCAAAGAUCAUAUUAUUAUAUGCGAUCAAAGUAAAGAGUUCCCGGAAAAUUUAGAUAUUUUUAUUUCCGUUUUGCGAGAAAAAAAUUCAUUAUGUCGUAAUACGCCAGUGGUUAUUCUAUGUAAUAGUAAACCAAAUGAAUCAAAUAAACGUAUUUUAGAAAAGUACGGCCAAGUUUAUUUUGUUCGAGGAUCACCACUUCGUAGAAAAGAUCUUUUUCGAGCUAGAGUUAAUUACGCAAAAAAAUGUGUUGUUUUGAGUGAUGCAACACGGUGUGAAGAAAAUUCAUAUGGAACUGCAGAUGCUGCGUCGAUUAUGAUUGCAUUAAACAUCGAAUCUUUGUCCAACGAUUGUUAUGUUCUUGUCGAAUGUAUAUAUCGCGAAACCUUUAAAAUGAUUGGUGAAAGUGAUUCCGUUAAGAACAAGGAGGAAGAAUUUAGUAAUCCAAGCACUUAUGCGACCUUCGUUUAUGGCAGGAAAUGUUUUCACGCCAUCUUCUACAAUCGUCACAUCCCUGUUAUAAUGAAAUGUCUAAUUUUCAGUCACGAGUCGGACGACGAAAUGAUGUCACCAAAGAUCGAACGACAAAAAACCAAUGAAUGGCGCGACUUAGGAAUCGUUUCGGGACACAUGUUUCAUACUAAUGUUCCACCACUUUAUAUUGGUCAGACAUAUAAUGCUUUAUAUUGUCAUUUAAUCCGAGCUCAUAAAGCAAUUUCAUUAGGACUUUAUCGUACUGUGACACACAAAGGUGGACCACAUCAAUAUGUUUUUGUAAAUCCAAGAAGGGAUACAAUUGUUAGGGGGAAUGAUAAAAUUUAUCUUAUCGCAUCGAAACUCCCAAGUUUUUAUAAUGAAACUAGUAUUAUAGAAGAAUGA